AUGGCACGAGAGCUGGGCGCCUACACACCAGACGCACGGUACAUAUUCAAAGCUCACGGAAGAGAAUUUGAUCUUCGACUUAAGAGAAAUGAUCGCAUCAAUGUAAACAAUAUCCCCGUUUACGAGUCGGAUGAGACUGGACGUCUUUUUCAAAAACCGAUCGAGUUAGGAAGGAAUGAUGAUUUUACUCUUUAUCAAGACCUAAUCCGCAACGCUGCUGUUGCAGUGUACACUGAUAAAAGAGACGGCAAAUAUCAGAAGAAGAUGGAAGGUUUUGUUAUGGACCACGACAUGAUGUAUGAACUCCGUCAUGUAGAAGACGACAAGUAUACAGUGAUAAAACAAGACCUUGCUGAUAUGUCUGCUGGAGAGGAUGACAUGGAAGAGAACCCAACACGUCGCCAUAUCAACCGGUUAUCCGAAAAGACCACUCUGCUCCGUACCAUGCAGGAUGUGCUGGGCACCCUUAGCAAGAAGAAAACAGAUAAAACCAUAGAACUUAAGAAAAAGAAGAAGAGGGGAUUCAGCGCAACCCACAUUAACGCGGGCGUUGAGCUCAUGAUUUGCACUGACGAUUCCAUAUGGGACACCUUUAUGCAGCGCAACAACCAAAAGGCUGCUGCGGCGGAAAAGGAGUUAAAAAGAUACUACGCUCUGAUAGUAAAUGGGGGAAUUGGCGGAGCCCCAUGGAUCAGCAGCAGCCUGCUUGGAGGCGAGAAGGACGGAAGAGAACUGGUGGAUAAAACGAAAGCCCUCUAUGGCUGGUGCGAGUACCGUGAAAAGAACUACGAUGAUUUCAGCGAGCAUGAUCACGGAAUGGUAUUCACUGCUCGUGAACUGGCUUCAUCUCGAGGAAGCACUGGUGUUGCUGGCGCAGCAUAUGUUGGUGGUAUAUGCUCCAAGUCGCAAGCCUGCUCUAUUGUAGAGUCUCACGGCGGAUUUGGUUCAUUCAUUGCUGCGACACAUGAACUUGGCCACAAUCUUGGAGCCCACCACGAUGGCGCAAGCAGUGAAAUGUACAAUAACGCGGCAUGUGCUGGCGAUGCAGGUAACGUGAUGGCAGCGGAAUCGGGAAGUUCAAACCCAAAGAGUGGUUAUUACUUCUCCUCCUGCUCAGUACAGGAAUUCAAAAAAGGACUACAACAAGCUUGCUGUCUUGCUAAUAAAGGACAAUACGAAGAUCCUGAACAAUAUGCGGCGCACACAAAACAUCUUCCAGGACAGCUAUACAACGCUGAUGAGCAAUGCCAGAUGUUGUAUGGAAGUGAUUCCAGAAUGUGCAGGCCACUUGGAGAUAGCGAGUACUGCAAGUAUCUGCUGUGCUCUACCGUUGGCAAUGCGUGUAUACAUAAAUACAAACCACCAGCAGAUGGCACUGAAUGCGACGAAAAUAAAUGGUGUAUAGAGGGCGCAUGUGUGACAAAAGGGAAAACCCCGCCUUCGGGAAAAGGGCACAGUGGAAUGCGAGGUCAAAAAUCUGAGAUGCCAAGGAUUUUUGUUCCCAAAACCCCGUAA